AUGCCCGUUAUUGACACGGAAGCUUUGGCGGAGUCAGUCAUCGAGGUUCCGGAGCCGGUGGAGACUCCUACCGAGUCGGAAGUAACCGAGUACUCGGUGGCAGACCUUGAUGGAGACAUCUAUGAUGAUGAACCGACCGUUGCACCAUCGAAACCUGUCGAAUUAAAUACGGAUAGUCUCACUGCCGUAGACAUCUUCGGAGGUAUCGAACCUGAGAAGACAUUCGCCAGGUAUGAGCUUGUUGACUUCUCAGAGGAAGACACUGUUGCCGUUAUGGCUGCACGACGGGUGGAGCGUCUCGCGGCUAGCCUUGAACCUGUCCUGGCCAGGUUAGAUAUGCUCAGCAUCGGAUGA